CCUUUUUCCUCCGUCUUUUCCCGGAUCCUCCGAGAGGGGGGCCGCGGGGAGCCCGGCGGAUGCUCCUUGGGCUCCCCAGUCCCCCCGCCCCGGGCGCCCGCUGGUCUCAGCGUUGGGCUCGAACCGGAGGAAAAGGAGGAGGAGGAGAAGGAGGAGGAGGGCUGACACCCAGAGGGGGAGACACCCAAAAAACUUUCCCAGCCGGUUUCCGGGACGUGGGGCACGGAGGCGAGCUUGCUCGGCGGCGCGGGGCGGCCGCCGCGGGGGCAGCGGCGAGGGGAGCCCCUCGGCAGGGCGCCGUCGAGGCAUGGACGGGGCGGCGGCGGCGGGCGGUCCCGCGGAGCCCACCCCGCGCAAAGGCGGCGGCGGUACGGCCGAGGGCAGCAAGAACCAAGCGGGAAGCGAGCAGCCGCUCUUCUCCCUGGGCUUUGAGGCCGGCUACGCGCAGCAGCCGCAGCCCGAGGAGCGCCACGACAGUACCAGCAACGGGACAGCCCGGUUACCCCAGUUGGGGACCGUGGUCUCAGGACCCCUACUCCCACGUGAACGACCCGUACAGCCUCAACCCCCUCCAUGCCCAGCCACAGCCCCAGCACCCAGGAUGGCCGGGACAGAGGCAGAGCCAGGAGACGGGGCUGCUCCACACGCACCGGGGUUUGCCCCACCAGCUCUCGGGGCUCGACCCGCGCAGGGACUACCGGCGGCACGACGACCUGCUGCACGCCCCGCACGGGCUGGGCUCGGGUCUGGCCGACCUGCCCCUCCACUCCAUCCCCCACGCCAUCGAGGACGUGCCGCACGUAGAAGACCCCGGUAUUAACAUCCCAGAUCAAACUGUAAUUAAGAAAGGCCCCGUGUCCCUCUCCAAGUCUAACAACAACGCCGUCUCCUCCAUCCCCAUCAACAAGGACGCGCUCUUCGGCGGGGUGGUGAACCCCAACGAGGUCUUCUGCUCGGUGCCGGGCCGCCUCUCGCUGCUCAGCUCCACCUCCAAGUACAAGGUCACGGUGGCGGAAGUGCAGAGACGCCUGUCGCCGCCCGAGUGCCUCAACGCCUCCCUGCUGGGCGGAGUGCUCCGGAGGGCAAAGUCUAAAAAUGGAGGGAGAUCUCUGAGGGAGAAACUGGACAAAAUAGGACUAAACCUGCCAGCCGGGAGGCGUAAAGCUGCUAACGUUACCUUGCUCACAUCGCUUGUGGAGGGAGAAGCAGUACAUCUAGCUAGAGAUUUUGGGUACGUUUGUGAGACAGAAUUUCCUGCCAAAGCAGUAGCUGAAUUUCUCAACCGACAACAUUCCGAUCCAAACGAGCAAGUCACAAGAAAAAACAUGCUUCUAGCUACAAAACAGAUCUGUAAAGAGUUCACCGACCUGCUGGCUCAGGACCGAUCUCCCCUGGGGAACUCGCGGCCCAACCCCAUUUUGGAGCCGGGCAUCCAGAGCUGCCUGACCCACUUCAACCUCAUCUCGCACGGCUUUGGGAGCCCGGCGGUAUGUGCUGCCGUCACUGCCCUGCAGAACUAUCUCACCGAGGCGCUCAAGGCCAUGGACAAAAUGUACCUCAGCAACAACCCCAACAGCCACACAGACAACAGCACCAAAAGCGGCGACAAAGAGGAGAAGCACCGAAAGUGAGGAUCCCCCCCACACACGCUCCUCUCCCUUCCCCCUCAUAGCCCAUCGAUCCAUUCAUCUCCCUCCUCCCUCUCCCCGGCACCCAGCACCCCAGGCUACAGCAACAGAAUGAGCGUCCUUCUGCCAGUCCUGUUCUCUGACUCUGCAGGACUGCUCUGCCCUCUCUCCACACCCCUUCCCAGAAUCCACAUUUCCAUUUGCUCCUGCUUAAAUUCCCCCCUCUUCCCACUGCCACCAUCGUUUUUCCCCAGUUUGGAGCCUAAGAGAACAGAACAGGGGGACGGAGCCAGCAAAGAAAAAAAGUUCUGUCUUGAGUUUGUGAACUUUUUUUUAAAUAAAACAAAAGGAGAAAAAAAAAACAACAAAAAAUAAAACAAAAAAGAAAAGGACUUUUUUUUUUCUAAAAAUAUAUUAAAAAAUUAAAAAAAAAAAACAAACAAAAAGAAAUAAAUAAUACUUAAAAAUUCUAUGAGCUUCACCGGACUGAAUCACCACCUUCCCUUACAUAAACUUCAGUUAAGAUUGUAGCCAUACUAAAAAUGAAAAAAAAAACAGUGAAAAAAUACAACGGCAACAGCAGACAUACAAAAGGCAAAGAGGACUGAUGACAUUUUAUCAGUAUUGUGAAUAAACUUGAACGCAAAACACAAGCGGUUCCAUGUCAUAUCUUCAGUUGUAAAACUUUUUCCUGUCCAAGGUAAAGCGACCAACUUGAACUUUCUAUUGCAACACGAUUCACAGUUAUUAUAUAAGGGAAUCAGUGUUCAUGUAUGUAUAUAUUUAUUUAUGUGUAAUUUAAUGGGAAUUGUAAAUAUGGUGAGUCUGUUUUAAGCCUUUUUUAUUUAUCUGGUGAUCUCGUUUACCUCUUGUUUAGUGGGUUUUAAAUCUUCCCCUCUUAGUUCAUCAUGUGGUUCAUGGUACUUAUUUAGAUAUCAGAGGUUUUUUGGGGGUUUUUCUCUGGGAUUCAUCAUUUUUAGCCCUAUUGUAGCAUGUUAAAAGCGACAAUGAAGCAGCUGAACAAAUAAAAAACCAUUAAUUUUUAUAUAUAAUUAGUAUGACAUUUAGUUUCACAUUGAAGAUAAAAUAAAGUGAUGUUGGACCCUGGCAAGUUUUUUAAACAUGUUAGUGGUUUUACAACCCUUAUGUGUUGUGGAAAAUGAAAAAAGUUAUUUUCAUCCACUGUCCUUCUCCCGAAAGCACCAACAGAGCAAUAAAUUAAUAUUGUCUUUUAAAACAAGAUUUAGCUUUACUUUCCUUUUUUCUCCCCUCUUUUUUUUUCUCCCUUUCUUUUGUUUUUAUUUUUCUCCUUUUUAAAUUUUUUUUUCCCAAAGAACUUCAAACAUUUGGGACCACCUGGUAUCCUGUAUUUCCACUGGCCAUAUUGGAAGCAGUUAUAGUUGUGUUGUAUUGAGUUGUGCCGGCAGUAGUUUCCAUGCCUAUCAAUGUAUCAUAGUCCUUUGUUGCCCAGAUAAAUAAAUAUUUGAUACGCUUUAUGUCGAUUUUUUUAUUCAGUAGCUGUCUUUACCCAGGCGUAUUUUUGUUCUUGGCAGUAUUUUUUAUUCAGUAUGGUUACAGUAAUUGAGUUUAACUCUCCCUUGACAAUUGCUCCUUGCAAUAAGCAGCUGAACCCAUUGUUUCCCUCAAGUAUAAUAAAAACUUACUUUCAACUUGGAGUUCAGAGCAGGGUAUCAUUUAGAUAUUCCACUGAGUCUGUAUUCAGACAAAUGACACAAUAAAGCACAAUGUAUUCUUUUGGAUAAAAAAAUUGUCUGUACUACUAACAAAAAUGACACACUAUCUUUUCUUUAACCAAAACAUAAUUUUAUUUAAAAAAUAAAAGUUUUAUUUUAUUUA